AUGCCCACUUGCAAGAUACAAGGACAAAUAUAUCAUUUGCAUGGUUCAAUGGUGCCAACACCAGAUGAACCGCAUCAAUUUCUGCAAAUAUAUUUCAUUUCGUCGAUGGUGGAUCAGCUGAAUGUGCGGUGCAAUAUACAGGGAACACAACAGUUAAAGAGACGAAUUAUUGAACAGUUGCAGGCAUUUUUUCACGCUAAUAAUGCUGUGUGUUAUAUUGAUUUUAGCGCGGAAGAAGAGCAAAUGACACUGGGUGAAAAAAUGGUAUUAGCCCUUUGCAAGACAAUUCAUACUCCAGGAUGUGCUGUUUAUUUCGAUAACUAUUUCACAACGCUCGACUUGAUCUGGUAUCUACGUGAACACAGGGGGAUUUUCAGCCUCGGAACCAUAAGGCAAAACCGACUCAAAGGUUGCAAGGGACUGUUAAGUGACAAAGAACUUAAGAAAAGAGGAAGAGAUUCAUUUAGCCAAGUUGUAGACAACGAUAGAAAGAUAGCUAUUGUCAAAUGGUACGACAAUAAAGUCGUAACUUUGGCCUCUUCUUAUGCAGAUGCUUACCCAGUUCACGAAAUCAAGAGAUGGAGCAAAGAACAGAAAAAGAAACUUGGUGUCACGUGUCCGCAGUUAGUUCGACAUUACAAUCAACAUAUCGACGUAGGAAAGCAUAUUUGCUCAAAUAUGCUUUCCUACGUCGAUAUGGGAGGCGUUGACUUGUGCGACAUGUUGAUAGCUCUGUAUCGAACAUCUUUCAAGAGCCGUCGUUGGUAUAUGAACAUCUUUGGGCAAAUGUUAGAUAUAGCGGUUAACAAUGCUUGGCUACUUUACAGGAGAAAAUGCAACAUGAAUAGCCAAAAAAACAUAAGCCUGAAAAAGUUUAGACAGAGGUUGGCAAUUGAAUUGAGGCAAAAUAGAAGAUCAAUUGAGAGGGAACCACCAAGCCCUUUGCCGAAAAAAGCGCUGAUCCAAAACCCAAGUGCACCAAGGCCCCCAGUUCCUGUGCGAUAUGAUGGCUACCACCACUGGUCUGAGUAUACGACAUAUGGACGUUGCAAGUUCUGUAAGCACAAUAAAACGAACAUACAUUGUUCCAAAUGCAAGCAGAGGUUGUGCUUAGUGACCAAACGAAAUUGCUUUUAUAAUUUUCACAAUAAGUAA